AUAUAGGUGGCGUUAAUUUGAGCCGGCCACGUCCUUGUAAUUUGCGUGCUGAGAAAGUGACACUUCGACGUAGUGUGUUUAUUACAGUCUUCAUAUUGUCAACUCUAGCAAGAUACUAUUUACGACAACAAAAUGUCGACAUCGGGGGAACCAUCAGGCAAGAUGUCUGACCAGGGCUGCUACACGCUCAUCAACAUCCCCUCGGAUUCUGAGCCUCCAACAGAACUGCAGCUCAAGCAGGACCUAGAAAAGGGCGAUACAAAGACGAAAGUUGAAGCCUUGAAGAAGACAAUUCAGCAGAUCCUGAAUGGGGAGAAGAUGCCAUCUCUCCUGAUGACCAUCAUCCGCUUCGUGAUGCCGAUGCAGGACCACAUGGUGAAGAAGAUGCUGCUCAUCUUCUGGGAGGUGGUGCCCAAGUACACGCCCGACGGCAAGCUCAUGCAGGAGAUGAUCCUUGUCUGUGAUGCCUACAGAAAGGACCUGCAACAUCCAAAUGAGUUCAUUCGUGGCUCCACACUCCGAUUCCUGUGCAAGUUGAAGGAGCCUGAGCUGGUGGAGCCUCUCAUGCCGGCCAUCAGACAGUGUCUGGAGCAUAGGCACUCGUAUGUCCGACGGAAUGCUGUGCUGGCUAUCUACACCAUCUACAGGAAUUUUGACUUCCUGAUCCCGGAUGCCCCCGAACUGAUUGCUAACUUCCUGGAGGGGGAACAGGACAUGUCCUGCAAGAGGAAUGCCUUCAUGAUGCUGAUCCAUGCUGAUCAGGAGCGUGCCCUUAACUACCUGAGCAGCUGUAUUGACCAAGUGACCUCCUUCGGGGACAUCCUUCAGCUGGUGAUCGUGGAACUUAUUUACAAGGUUUGCCAUGCCAACCCCUCUGAGCGUGCCCGCUUCAUCCGCUGCAUCUACAACCUUCUCAACUCGUCCAGCCCCGCCGUCAGGUACGAGGCCGCCGGCACCCUCGUCACACUCUCCAGUGCCCCCACGGCCAUCAAGGCUGCCGCCAGCUGCUACAUCGAGCUGAUUGUGAAGGAGAGUGACAACAAUGUCAAGCUGAUUGUCCUGGACAGACUCAUCAACCUUAAGGAUGUCGCUGCACAUGAGAAAGUCCUGCAGGAGCUGGUGAUGGAUGUGCUGCGUGUUCUGAACGCCCCAGACCAGGAGGUCCGCAAGAAGACCCUCGGACUUGCCCUCGACCUCGUCACAUCCAGAUCCAUCGAGGAGAUGGUGUUGGUGUUGAAGAAGGAAGUGGUGAAGACAAACAAUGUUGAGCAUGAGGACACGGGGAAGUACCGCCAGCUCCUCGUCCGCACGCUCCAUCAGUGCAGCGUCAAGUUCCCCGAUGUUGCUCCAGUCAUCAUACCAGUGCUGAUGGAGUUCCUGGGUGACCAAAACGAGCUGGCUGCUGCCGACGUGCUGGUGUUUGUCCGAGAGGCUGUCCAGCGCUUCGAGCAGCUGCGUACCCUUAUCAUCAGCAAGCUCCUGGAGGUGUUCCCCACCAUCAAGGCCAUGAAGAUUCACCGAGCCGCGCUGUGGAUCCUGGGAGAAUACUGCACAAGCUCCGAGGACAUCCAGCUGGUGAUGACCCUCAUCAGACAGGCCCUGGGAGAUAUCCCGAUUGUUGAUGAUGAGAUCAAGAAGGCUGCUGGAGAAGUGAAGGAGGAAGAGAUGCAGACCGGCGGUGGAGUACAGAGACUGGUGACGGCUGAUGGGACGUACGCCACCCAGAGUGCUUUCAGCGCAACAUCCAGCUCCAAGAAGGAGGAGAGACCCACCAUGCGGCAGUAUCUGAUGGAUGGAGAGUUCUUCACUGGUGCCGCCCUAGCCACAACUCUCACCAAGCUGUGUCUCCGAUACAUCAACAUCAACAAGGAUGUCAAGAGACAAAAUGCCUUUGUGGCAGAGUCCAUGCUCAUCAUGGCAACCAUCAUCCAUCUGGGCAAAUCAGGACUUCCUACCAAGCCCAUCACAGAUGAUGACAUUGAUCGUAUUGCGAUGUGCCUGCGUGUGCUGGCUGAGAAGUCGGAGCUCAUGACCGACAUUUUCAACAACCAGUGUCGAGGGUCCCUGUCACUGAUGCUGGCAGCCAAGAUUGAAGAGGAGAGGGCACAGCAAGAGGCUGCACAGAAGAAAGUGGUGAAGGUUCAAGCUGAUGACCCCAUCUCCUUCACCCAGCUCGUCAACAGGGCUGAACUUGGCACAGGGGAGAACAUGUUUGAGCUGACCCUGUCUCAGGCUCUUGGGAUGAGCAACAAGAAGGAUGCCGACCCUGCCGGAGCGUCAAAGCUCAACAAGGUGACUCAGCUGACUGGCUUCUCCGACCCUGUGUACGCGGAGGCAUACGUGAACGUGAACCAGUACGACAUUGUCUUGGACGUCCUCAUUGUCAACCAGACGUCAGACACCCUGCAGAACCUCACCCUGGAGCUGGCUACUCUUGGUGACUUGAAGCUGGUGGAAAAACCCCAACCUCUUACCAUGGCUCCUCACGACUUCUGUAACAUCAAGGCCAAUGUCAAGGUCGCCUCUACAGAGAAUGGAAUCAUCUUUGGAAAUAUUGUGUACGAUGUGACAGGUGCAGCAAGUGACCGCAACUGUGUAGUCCUCAACGACAUCCACAUUGACAUCAUGGACUACAUCGUGCCCGCCAGCUGCACCGACUCUGAGUUCCGCCAGAUGUGGGCGGAGUUUGAGUGGGAGAACAAGGUUGCGGUCAACACCAACAUCCUUGACCUUCACGAGUUCCUACAACACGUGAUGAGGACCACCAACAUGAAGUGUCUCACCCCUGAGAAGGUACCGGUGCCAAAUGCUAUAUCAGGCAGCUGCGGCUUCAUGGCGGCCAACUUGUACGCCAGGUCAAUCUUCGGGGAGGACGUGCUGGCCAAUCUGAGCAUCGAGAAGCCAGGCCACCUGGGCAAGGAUGCCUCUGUUCAAGGUCACAUCAGGAUUAGAGCCAAGAGUCAGGGUAUGGCUUUGAGCAUGGGAGACAAGAUCAACCUGUCUCAGAAGAAAUCUCUGAAACCAAUGGCUGCAUAAUCCUGGCAGUCACAUCACUGGAUGUUCAGAACAUCUUCUGGGAAGCCAUUAGUUGCAUUGAGAAUUACAAAUUAUUCUAUUUUUAAUGUGCAAGAAAUUGUUAAACUAUUAAAUAGUUAUUCCAAUAUUUAAUCUUGAUUUCAACCCGUUUAGUGUAUGCACUAACAUUCACAGGGGAAGUUGUGAUUACUCUUACAUUGUACAGUGUGUGAUGUUAUCAAGUACAGGCUGUAGGCCCAUGUGUUGCUUGGAUUUUGGUUCUGGGUAAGAAUACGUCUCCAGGAACCUUUGCUUGUCAUACGAUGCAACUAUAUGAAUUUCUGUGCUGGAAUCAGUCCCCACCAACUCAGAGGAGGCGACAAAAUGGAUUUGGUGAUCAGGCAAUGACUGUUGAUUGUCGUACCACAACGGCAUGACGUAUCAAUCACUAGUUUGUCAGGCUGCAGUCCUAUAGGUUGAAUACUGUUAGUGCCAUGUUAAACAACACACAUUUAUACAUUUCAGUCUAAUUAUGGAUGUACAUGUGUACAAGUGAAUGUCAUAUUUAUGGAUUCACUGUGGGAUUUCUCACCAAGUUCAUGGCAGUGUAAUAUACUGUCUGUAAAUAUAUAUUACUGAUUUGCCAAUGUUGAUGCCCAGUCCCAGUGAUGAAACAUCAGCUAGGUUUAACCUUCUGUCUUUGAUGAGAUGUGGGCUCAAUUAUCGCAGGUAAUAAAAUAUAAUGUACAUCUGGAAA